AUGCGAAAAGAAGAAGUUGCUGGAGAAGAUGUGGUUCAGAAAGACUGCCGAAGUGAAAAGGCAGAAAGACGAAUCUCUGAGCUGCUAGACUCUCAAGAAGUUUUUAUGGUGUCAAUGAAGGAUAAAUACACAGCCCUCCAUGAAGGGUUGAAAUUCCUAAGAACUGUUCCAAUUUACCUGCCUGAGGAGAAAGAAGAGGAUGGCAAACUAUUCUCCAAACAUGUUGAAGCACUGGGAACCGAGGUGAUAUCUUUCAUAUAUUCAAUUCAUGAAAACAAUUUAAUGCAAGAUCCCGCGAUGGAAAUGAAUCUUUCACUUCAUAUAUUGCUGCUUAAGAUUAAGCUGGUUAAGGCGGGUCUAUCCUUAAUGGGGCUACAUAAUCAUGAAGCUAAUCUGGUAUCCUGUGUUAAGGAUCAUGAAAUUAAAAGCCUUCAUGAGGGGAUGGAGUUCUUGAGAACUUGUCUCAUGGACACCAUAGAUACUGAGGCUAAUUCAGAGGACUGGGAAUUGUUUGUGCUGCAUCUUGACUCUGUUGUUAGCGAGUCAUCAUCACUUAUUUCAGCAUCUGGUGGCAGUGGAAUGACAGAAAACAUGGCCAGUGAAUUGGAUUUUUCCAUUUUCAGAUUGCUUCUGAAAAUUAAGUUGAUCAAGGCAGAGGUUAUAUUGAUGAAGCUUAAUAAAAUUCCCAAGUUAGGCUUGAUAGUUCACAUGAAUGAUGAAGUUAAAACCCUCCAGGAAGGGGUCAGAUUCCUCAGAACCUUCCUCAUGAAUCCUCCAGUGGAAGAAAUGGAUCAACUGACGUUGGCAAAGUGUGAAGCUACAGCCAAUGAGGCGGCAUCUCUAAUUUUUUUCCUUCGUGAGCAUGUAACCAACGAGGAAAUGGGCACUGAAAUGAGUUGUUUGCUUUCUGAGUUUGCAGAUAAGAUUGAGCUUUUCAAAGCAGAGAUCAAAGAAGCUUGCCUCCAAGUUCUAUUCUCAGAUUGCUGUGAAACGUCUGGAACUAUAGGAAUAUUUGACCUCUUGGACAAUAUAAAGGACAAAGCUAAAUCUGUUGUCUUCGUGAAACAUCACAUUGAAACGCUACUCGGGGAGCUCCAGUUCCUCGAAUCCUUCCUCAUGGAUACUGCAGAGCACUAUAUUUGGCAUCGAGAAUUGAAAGAUCUUUGGGCAUGUAUUACAGAUGUUGCAUCCGAGACGAAGUAUAUCACUGAUUUACUUCUUGUAAGAGAUAAUGCUCUUUGCUACUUUAUGCUGUGGUUUCCUUUAGCAAUGGAAGACCUCAAAAUCAUUAAAGCAAAGAUCAUGGAAAUAUACGACGAGAAAAAGUAUGGCAUUGGUGCCGACAGUGAUGUCACAGCUGAUCCACGGAGAAUUGAUGACAUUGUGGUUGGGCUUGAAGAUGAGACACACAGAAUUAUUGAUCGACUAACAAGAGGAACAAUGAGGAUGGAUAUCAUUUCAAUUGUCGGCAUGGGUGGGAUUGGUAAGACAACUCUGGCACAAAGAGUUUAUAACCAUCCUGCAGUUGUUCAGCACUUCCAGAUCCGUGCGUGGUGUAUUGAGUCCGUAGAAUAUCAAAGACGAGAGAUCUUACUUGAUAUAUUGCGUGAUGUUACGGUUGUUACUAAUAGAAUUUAUGACAUGCGGGAUGAUGAUUUAGCAGGAGUUCUGUACAAUUGUUUGAAGCAAAAGAGAUACCUCAUUGUUUUGGAUGAUAUAUGGAACACCAAAACCUUGGAUGAUUUAAGAAGAUCAUUUCCAGAUGAUGAUUCGGGAAGUAGAAUUAUGUUGACGAGCCGAAUUGCGGAACUGGCUGCAGAAGCUGAUCCGAUGGCACGCAUCCACUUUCACCGUUUUCUAACCAUUGAUGAAUCUUGGUUCUUAUUCCUAAAAAAGAAAUUCGAGACUGAAACUUUCGAUUCGUCAUUGACGGAAGUAGGACAGCGGAUUGUGGAACAAUGCAGAGGACUUCCUCUUGCAAUUGUUAUAAUGGCUGGUGUCCUUGCAAACACAAAAAUGGAAUGUUCUUGUUGGGCAGAAGUGGCAGAGACUUUGUCCUCAAGGACUCAUUUUGUAUCGCUCCUUCCUGUGCUACGAGUUGCUUAUGACAGCUUACCAGAUCACUUGAAGCUCUGCUUUCAUUAUAUUGGAGAAUUCCCAGAUAGGAAAGAAAUUCCUGCUCGAAAAUUGUUCCGACUAUGGAUAAAAAAAUGGAUUGAUAAAACAAACUGA